CGGCGGUGGCCGGGGCGCUCCCCGGCUGCCGGCCCUGGGCACCUGCUGCCGCACAGGUUGACACUUAGCGCGGCGGCCGAGCUCCGGGUAGGUGGGAAGCGAGGGAGCUCCGCCUGAGGUUUUUGCUGCCUGUACUCCGCUUCAGCAGCGCUGAGGGGUAGAAAUACCCGUGGCCGCGGCUUAACCGGUCUCCGCUUUAGCUCACUGGGAGACUUCAGCGCCUCUGUGUAAUGAGCGUCAUUAAAGCCUGCCUUUUUUUUUUUUUGCCUUUUUUUUUCCCCUGCAUGAGAAGUUUUUGCCAGCAGGAAUGUCCCGAGAGUCGAGAUGGGAGAUAACGUGUAAAGUAACUUGCAGAAUUGGCUUCUAAAUAAGGAUGCCUUUUGAUUGCGAGACUGCUGAAAUGCUUUGAGAUCUGCCUCUCCUUUCCUAACCAUGAACAGUUCAAAAUCACCAGGGCUGGCUGGAUUUGGAAUCUUGAAAAACACGACCUGCCACACGGAGAAGAAGAUUUCAGUGUUCUUUUCAAUAAUCUUCAUGACAGUGGGAAUUUUGUCCAACAGUCUUGCAAUAGCAAUUCUCAUGAAGGCGUAUCAGAGAUUUAGACAGAAAUCAAAAGCCUCCUUUUUGCUUCUUGCUAGCAGUUUGGUCGUCACAGAUCUCUUUGGCCACCUCAUCAAUGGAGCGAUUGCGGUGUUUGUGUAUGCAUCAGAUAAAGACUGGAUCCGAUUUAACCAGUCCAAUAUUCUUUGCAGUGUUUUUGGCAUCUGCAUGGUUUUCUUUGGUUUGUGCCCACUCUUCCUGGGCAGCGUGAUGGCUGUUGAACGGUGCAUUGGAGUCACUAAGCCAAUAUUUCACUCUACAAAAAUGACUUCUAAACAUGUCAAAAUGAUGUUGACUAUGGUAUGUCUGUUUGCUGUUCUUAUAGCUUUGCUGCCUGUUCUUAGGUUUAGAGCCUAUCAAAUUCAAGCAUCGAGGACCUGGUGCUUCUAUAAAACAGAACAUGUUGAGGACUGGGAAGACAGAUUUUAUCUCUUACUUUUUUCUUGCCUUGGGUUACUGGCCCUUGCUGUUUCAUUCUUGUGCAAUGCUGUCACAGGAAUUACCCUCUUAAGAGUCAAAUUUAGAAGUCAACAAAGACAAGGCAGAUCUCAUCAUUUUGAAAUGAUCAUUCAGCUAUUGGCUAUUAUGUGUGUUUCUUGCAUUUGCUGGAGUCCAUUCCUGCUGUCAAUGGCCAGCAUUGGAAUAAAUGAGAGUCGUUCAAAGGAGACCUGUGAAACAAUACUUUUUGCUCUCCGAAUGGCGACGUGGAAUCAGAUUUUAGAUCCCUGGGUAUACAUUCUCCUCCGGAAAGCCGUCCUUAAAAACCUGUACAAGAUCACAAGGGGAUGUUGUGGUGUUCACGUCAUAAACUUACACAUGUGGGAACUCAGCUCCAUCAAGAAUUCUUUGAAAGUUGCAGCAAUAUCUGAGUCACCAGUAAGUUCCAAACAAAUAAACCUACAGCCACUUAGCUCUGUGGGGCAAUAAAGUUAAACACAGUGUAUGAAGAGAUGAUGGAGGCGACACUUAUACAUGGGGAGUACCUUAAAAUGAAUUCAAAGGCUCAGUGGUUUGACAUUUGUUUUCAAUUGUGACUGUUUUGAUCCUGUUGCUUACAGGUUUGAUGUUGUUAUUUCAAAAGACGCACUUGAAUGUUUUAACUCCUUUUAUAAUACAACCCUUCCAAAACUGAUAGCAGAAUGAGAAAUCGUUCUAUAUUUCUUCCUUCCAGGUACUAAAGUGAUCAGGGUUCCUUCUAAUAUAUUCUUUAUAAUAGUCCCCACCAAAUCCUUUACCUUAGCAGACUUCUUAAGAACACAUGCAAGUACUAAAGUGGUCUCCAACGUGUGUUUUAAAAUGGAUGGAAUUUAUCUACCAGUGAUGCCUUGAAAUGCGUUGCAGAGUCACUGCUUCCUAGGAUAAAGUCUACCAUCCAUUCAUUCCAUAGGGCUAUUCAUUGCUUCUAGGCAUUGAAUUUUCCAAUUGCAUAUAUAAAAAACAUUUUGCUUGUGUCCAUCUUACUAAAUAAUCCAGUUUGCUUGCUUCAUUGACUUGUCCUCUUAAUUGUUUACUGUUCCAUGAAUUUUUGAGAGAGCUGCAGACUUCAUCACUUUGAGUAUUCCUUUAAAAUUACUGUCAAAAGAUGAGAUUCUCUGUGGGAACACAGAAGAGAUCAACUCAGUUUUCUUACAGAUGUAUUUUCAGAUCUAUUGAUGAGUUUUUAGUCCUUUCAACAAAUUUUGUUGAAACCAGCAGGCAUAAGGCUGUGGUUAGUCUGUAAAAAGAGUUUUCCCUCCUCCCCCCACACUGAAGGAAAUUUCUCUUUAUGCAUAUACUCUUAAUGCAUAUACUGAAAUGCUCAAGGGGUACAUCUGCUUCAUUUGUAAAAGGACACAUGUGUCUUGUGAAAAAUGGGCAUGACCAAAUGAGCACAUCUGCAGGGAACUGCACUGGGAACAUAGUUUUGUUUAUGAAAGCAAACAGUUUUUGCAGUGUCUGUGUUUGAAGAGCUGAGGGUCUUUGUUAUAUUUGAAGGUAGCAGAAAGUUUCCAGGACUUUUACACAGAAGGCCCUUUACCUUUAAUGCUGCUAAAAGAAGCUUUGUUUCUGUCCCUGUAUCCUGUUCAUAAGCAAAAACGAGAGUAUCAGAGACUUUGUUGCAGAGAUACAGUUUUAAGAUAGAAAUGUCUGUGUUAUUUUUACCUGCUUAAUUUCAAAUAACUGCAUUAGUGAACUGUUGGUAUAUUUGGAUAGAGCAGUUAAAAACUGAUUCAUCAAGAAGGUGGUCUGAGGGACCAAAACUAUUCACAAACUACAAAUUGACGUUGUAUGUGAGAAUAGUUUAUGCAUUAAAUAAAAAACCCAAAAGGUUUACAUAUUUCAGUUUUUUGUUUUAAAAGCUAUUUCCUUUUUGUUUUAAAAAGGCUGGAAAAUAAGUGGGUUAAAUAACCCUAUAAUGAAAUGAAAUGGCUUCAUUUACCCUAAAGAAUUUCUGUAUGUGAUUUAUUUUCUCAGUUACAGACCCAAUAAGCCAAUGACACAUUUGAUGCUGGUAUAAGCUCCACACUGUUGCUUCACAUGAGUUCUGCUGAAAUCUGGAAGCAUUCAGUCUUUACUCAGUUUGGCUUUUUCAUUUCAUAUAAUGUGAUGCCAGUGUGUCUGUUGACAUAAAUUAUUUGUUCUUUAUGGAAGUUUGUUGUUUUAGCAGCUGAAAAAAAAGUUGGUCUGUAAAUUGUUGAGAUACUGAUUGAUGAAUGAAGCUUAUCAAUGUUCCAUUUUGUUAUGUGAAUAAAUGUAGCUUGUGUAGUUCAUACUGGUUGACUUGUAAAACAAAAGUUUAUAUGUAUAUGUGAUUUCUUAUAUUUUGUGAACUAAUGCAUACUGAAUGUAAAUUGUAAAGCCUCAUUAAA